CAGUAGAAAAGAUGGCGGGAAUUCAAGAAGAUACGAUGGAAACUGACGAACCGAGAGACGAUAAUACGUUACCUGCUACAAAAUCUAGUGACAUAGAAGUUAAAAAACCCGCUGGAUACGACACGCCUUGGUACUUGUUCUAAAUCGCCUACUUUGUAAAAUUAAUUAAUACCCCGUUAUUAUGUAAUAUGAGGAUACAGUUAUUCAGUCAGACUGUAAUUUUUGUAAAGUAAAGCUAAAAAAAAGUAAAUGCCAUUCGUAUCAUUCGAUGAUUCUGACAUUCUUGUUCACCGAACUUUUACUACUACUUAACUAAAUAAAAAUACAUCAGAUUAAUAAACUAGUACUAGAGUAUAGCACAUGACAUGUGGUUUUUACUUUGUUACUGAUACUAUUUAUUUACACUGUAACUGUAACACUGUGUUCAUUUUGAGAUAUCAGCAAGGAUGAGUAUUGUAUUGAGUUUCCUUUUUAAAAUUUCUUUUGAACCUUGUAAAUUGAAUUUUAAUAAAAACAAAUGGAAGUUUUCAUUUCAAUAUAUUUCAUAUUAAGAUAUUAACUGCAUUGAUCAUUAGAUUUAGUUUAAGACACGAAUAAUGCUUAUUGAAGACCUAGAAAGUUAUCCUACACAUUGUAUUGUUCAGGUCCAACUACAGGUCCACCCUAAGUCCAUUGUUGAGAUCCCCCCCCCCCCACAAAUCCCAAGUAACUUCAUUGCGCUUAGGGUGAGACAGCUCUAGGCAAAACCCUUGCACUAACUACACCUUUACCCAUAUGAUAAAUGAUACAUCUAUCUAGAGCAGGGUAGGAGCCAUGAUUUUGAUACAUCAAUUAUGUGGUCAUUUUAGGUGUCUUAAAUUGUAUUGCAAACUUAUUACAAACUUCUAAUGAAAAAGGGGGGGGGGGGUCAGAGUGUCCAAAAUAUCGUGACAUCAUUUAAAGAUCGCCCCUAAAACAAGUAAAUAAGUAACAAAUAAGGCCUACAUAAUUCAUCCAAAUCAACUAGCAUCACCAUGCCAUUGCAGCCAUAGCUCUAAAGCCCUAAUAAUCUUUUUUUUCAAAAGAACUUUAACAGACUGAAGAGUUCUCAGUAUACUAUAACCAAAACAGAUUUUUUAUUUUUUGCCAAAAUGAUUUUAAAUGUCCAGGUUUAAACAAAAAUUGUCAUUUUUACAGCCUACAUUAUUAACAGCUUUUAGGAGGGCUAGUUAAUUAAAGCAUCCAUCCACCAUGUGGUCCAUGCAUAGGCGUAGCUAGAGUGUUUAGUGGCCGGGGAUAAGAUUUAUUCUUAUACCCCCCUUCAACUCUAAAACCCAUUAUUUUCUUCAAUGAAAUACCAUAGAAGCCCAGUUUAGUGCCCCUAAUCAUCCUGGUGCCUCUGCCCCCACCCCUUCGAAACGCCAGUUUCAAUGAUCAUGAUUUAUUCAUUAAUUUAUUGAUUAUAAUAAUUUAUGAUAUAUUUCACUAUUUGCAGUGGGUCUAAUCCUGUUUGUUAAAAAAUUAAAAUUUUAAGCCAAUUUAUGCAGGGUGGUAAUAGUAAUAGGUGGUGUAAAAAAGACCUAAGUGUAUACAAGUUAAGUUAACGAGUACUAAGUCUAAAUCAAAGUUCAAAUACUUGUGAGUUGUACUUGAUUAACUUAACCUGAUUAAUAAUACUCAUGCAUGGUCUUAAAGCAGUCAUUGAAUUACACAAUUUUAUUUUUUGUCCUGUAGGAGCACAUUGUUAUUUACUUAAUUAAAAUUAUUCAUGUUUCAGGGUAGAAAAGUACAGACCUACCAAAUUACAGGACAUAGUUGGCAAUGAGGAAACUGUUAGCAGAUUAGCAGUUUUUGCAAGAGAGGGAAAUGUCCCCAAUGUUAUUAUAGCUGUAAGUGUAAAUUUAAAAACAAUGAAAUAGAUGUAACAACAGCAAAAUAAUUAAGCCUAGAUAAAUUUGACCUGUUACUGCAAACUCAGCAGUUUAACUUUGUAGACAUCCCAAAUCCAUUAAAUUUUUAUUUCUUUAAAACUCUAAUUCAAUAGGGUCCACCAGGAACUGGUAAAACUACUAGCAUUAUGUGUCUGGCCAGAGCACUUUUGGGUAGUGCAUUCAAAGAUGCUGUACUGGAACUUAAUGCUUCCAAUGACAGGUUUGUAACUAAUUCGGAUUGAUUCCUUACUAAUUGAGAAAUGAACAAAUGAAGCGAAAAAAUCUUCAUUUACCAAGAUAAGUGUUGAAAGAAUAUACAACAGAUAACUUAAUGAAUGCAAUGUUAAUUAAUCAGGUAUUUGAAAUCUUAUUUAUUUGCUUUCAGUUAAAGAUGCUAAAAACUCAUCUGGAAGAUUGCACUAACCAUAGAUCUUGAAAUUCAUUAUAUAAAUAUAUAUAUAUAUAUAUAUAUAUAUAUAUAUAUAUAUAUAUAUAUAUAUAUAUAUAUAUAUAUAUAUAUAUAUUUACACACACACACAAUAUAUAUAUAUAUAUAUAUAUAUAUAUAUAUAUAUAUAUAUAUAUAUAUAUAUAUAUAUAUAUAUAUAUAUAUAUAACUUUCCAUUGCCACACACACAUACAUUACAUAGUUCCAAGACUAUGGCUUAGAAAAAUUACAGGCUUAUCAUAAUUAAAUUUAGCUGCCAUUGUUUUCAUAAUAUUCCCUGUGGGAACAUCCACAGCUACCCUGUGCUUCUGAUGAAGCAGUGUGAUGGGUCUCUAAAGUAGAUUUGCAGGAGCAUAAUACAAAACUUGAUGCAGUACAUUGUUUUAAGGAUUUGUCAUACAUCACUAGAUCACCAAACAUUUCAAACACAAGGGUUAUACAAAUAAAUGCCAAAAGUUUAUACAGAUAAAUGUGUGACAACUGAAUGCAUGUUAACAAAUUGACUUGCUUCUGCACAAUGAUUCCUGACGCUGGGCAGCUAAAUGGCACGUUAACUGAAAAUACAGGCCCAAAUCCUUGCAAGUGUCACCUCAAAUUUCCACCACCCUUGUAAUUGUAUUAAAUGAUCAUUUUUAUCACAUCAAUAGAUUAACAUAUAAUUCUAUUGUUAUUACAUUUCACAUUAUAUGACUCAUAAGACUUUUAAUCUUAUAUUUUAUUUCUUUUCCUUGUACUCAGGGGCAUUGAUGUUGUAAGAAAUAGAAUCAAGAUGUUCGCUCAACAGAAAGUUACACUUCCUAAGGGCAGACACAAAAUUAUCAUUUUAGAUGAGGCUGAUAGGUUUGUUCUGUUUGUAGAUUCUUCAUAUUGCAAAUUGCGAAGCUUUUACUUGUAAAUCCUUUAUACUAACUUCGCUUUUGUUUCACGGGUGGCAGAUAAAAUCUUCAGACAUCUAACUGACCCAAUUCUUAUAAAGUGUGUUACUUGUAUGCAUGUUUUCUCAAAUUAUCAGCCACCAUCCCCCCCCCCCCCCCCCCCCCCCCAAUUGCUUAAUAUUACAUUUUAUAAACCAUUUAUAUGAAAAACUUUGUCUUUAGGGGUUGUAGAUCUUACUGAUGAGAUCGACAGUAAAUAAGAUGGCUCAUGUUUACCUUCUUCGUUACUUAACACUUUUUCUGUCCGCUAAUGCUCUGAAGCUAUUUCUUCUUUUUUUUUUUCUUUACAAGAAAUCGUCCACCGUGGACCAGCAUCUUUACUAACAAUGUUUUUGUUUGUAUUGCAGCAUGACAGAUGGAGCCCAGCAAGCUUUACGUAGAACCAUGGAAAUCUUUUCAAAGACAACACGGUUUGCUUUAGCCUGUAAUUCUUCAGAGAAAAUUAUAGGUUUGUAUAUUAUCAUAGCCGCUGCAUCAUUUUCUAAACUUUAAUUUACAUUUUUGUAAAAGAGCUUUAGUUAUUUAGAAAAUAGAAUUCCUUUUUGUGUAGUAAUGUGAUGUAACCGAACCAGAAAUAAUAAUAAUAAUAAUAAACAAUGAAAGGCAAAUUGUUCCACUUGAAGAAGGAACUUAAAGUAAAUAGUUUUGUGUGCAUCUUGUUUAGUUAGGGGCAGUGUCAUCAAACACUGUCCAAAAUCUAAUGAAAUGUAUACAUUGAAUUUUAAAUUAUGCAUUAUUAUUAUUUUUUAAGAGCAGAUUAUGAGAUAUUGCUGUUAUCAUUUGUUUGGAUGAUAAAAAUAAAAUAUUUUUCCCCCAAAAAAUUAAGAACCCAUACAGUCUCGUUGCGCUGUGCUUCGUUAUUCCAAGUUGAGUGAUACACAAAUGUUGGCCAGACUGUUGGAAGUUGUCAAAGCAGAAGAUGUUAGUUUUACAGAUGAUGGCUUAGAGGCUGUAAUUUUUACAGCACAGGGAGAUAUGCGUCAAGUAGGUUAUGGUUAGAAUUUCGUAGAUGUUCAAUCCUGAGACUUCCUCAACUCCUCAUUAACAAUAUUUUUUUUUAGGCAUUCUCCUAAAAUAUGCAGCCUGAAUUCUUCUAAAAUAAACAGACUGAAUUCUCCAAGAUAGCAGUUGACUUUAAACUAUAUUUUAUACAAAAAGGUUAAAAAAACGUGUGUCCCCCCAAAGUAUGUGCUUGCAGUUUGGAAACUGCUGCUCUGAAGAGUUUUUCAGUAAAAUUUCAACUAUCUCUGAAGAUUUGUCUUUAAUAUUAACUUUUAAUUGAACCAACAACCAUACUUCUGUUAAUUUUAAUACCAAAAUGUUGCUGUUAAGAUGUAACAAAAUAUUGAAUUUGAAAACAUUCUUUUUUUUUUUGCCAGGCACUGAACAACCUCCAGUCUACAUUCCAAGGAUUUGGUCAUGUCAACAGUGAAAAUGUUUUCAAGGUAAUGUUUUUAUCUAAACACAGUGAAAGUAAGUUAGAAGUAUAUUAUUGAAAGACAAAAAUUCUCAGAUCCAAGUAUGUCAAAGAGUAUGAUACUAAUGAAUUAUUAUCAUCAUGAUAAAAAUCCCCAGGUGUGUGAUGAACCUCAUCCUGUGUUGAUCAAGGAUAUGUUAAAGCACUGUGUUCUGGGUCAUCUUGACGAUGCAUACAAAAUCAUGGCUCACUUAUGGAGGCUUGGCUACUCACCAGAAGAUAUCAUAACCAUUGUGUUUCGGGUUUGUAAAAAUGAAUCCAUGCCAGAGUAUCUAAAGUUGGAAUUUAUUAAGGUAAGUGCUGAUAGUGGAUGUCUGGUAUUAGAUGAUUAAACCUCUAUUGUCAGAGCGUGUCUAAUAAAUAAUUUCUCUUUAAAUCUACAGAAUUUUUAACAACUAUUAUCAAAUAGCGGUACCGGUUUUUCUGCAUUGUGUUCAUUUCACUAUUCCUCUAUUACUACCUGAUUUAAUACACAGCAAUUUGUAAUGCCACAUUCAUUGCUGUCUUUCAGGAGAUAGGCUACACACAUAUGAGGCUGGCAGAGGGAGUCCAGUCUUUGCUACAAAUGUCUGGUCUGCUUGCUAGACUCUGUAGAAAAUCUGCUGAGCCAAACAUUUUAAUGCAGUAGAUAAUGCCAUCCAAGAGAAUCCAUAAUGAAAGCCUCAAUCCAACUGGAAGAAAUGGAGACCUCCAUCUUAUAUAAAAAUCUGCACUGUUAUAUAAAUUGAUCUAUUUGCUUAAUAUUUAUUUGUUUCCCUAUUACAUUUUUUUUUUCAAGGAAACAACACACCUGACAAUUACUGCAAUCUCAAUAUUAAGUUGUCAAGGGAUGAUGUGGUCUCUGUGUAGUCAGAGUUAAUCAACUGUUUUUCAGGCACCGCAAUAUGGCUUCAUGGAUCUACCAUGUCUAGCUCAAAUUGAUAAACUGAUAGCAUGAUAAAGCAUUGAUCUCUUACAUUUUCUUCUAAUUACAGUCCACACAUGACAUUAAAAAAGCGGACCAACCGAAUAACCUGAUAAAAUAUGGCAGAUAAAUGCUUUAUUUAUAGGAUGUUUAAUAAAUGUUUUAUUGCUAGUGGGAUUUAAACUUCAGCCCUGUUAAAAGUUACCAAAUAUAAAUAAAUUGUCUUCUGACGUGACACAUUAUUGUGUAUCAGAUGAUCUACUGACACUAUUUUAAUCUUGACAAAAUGCCAGUGUUCAAGCUAUGAGGUUUAACACUUGACGUUAGUGAAUUAAAGCUAGGCCUGAGUGUUUAAUAGACAUGUCUACUUCUUGUGAGUUUAGUGAUAGUUCAGUAGUUUGUUUGGAUUUGCUGAGGACCAGACAUUCAUUAACAGAUUUGUUUUAUAUGAAUAAUUAAUGAAAUGAGGGAUGUUUUUUUUUUUAUAACCUUUUAAUUUUAUUUACAAAAAAUUUGAAUACCAUCCUGCUCAUCUUGUGAAAAUAAAUUUGUAAAAUUGAAUCUAAAUAAAAAUUGAAU